AAUUAGUUUUCAUUUAAUUGUGGAGCGGUUCGGUUCUGGUAGCGCUUUAGCGAAGACGUUGUAAUAUAGACCAGCACUACGAUAGAGACAGUGUAAUGAAUUGUUUGUGUUACUUAAGCGAUAUGUAAUAUAUUCAUAAUAUUACAUACAUAUAGUAUAUAUCAUAAUUAAUUGUAGCCGAAGUCAGCGAGACGUUGCUUUUGUUUAUGCGCCGUGUGAUAAUUUCAUAAAGAACUAGAAAGCAAAUUGUUUGCGCUGUUUACAUAUUUUUUAUUUGAUUGGUUCCACACAAAGCACCCAGAGAUAACCAAGUACGGUAUCGGAUUUCAGAUCAAACGCGAGCGGACAACAGUUGUGCAAACAGUUUUCCAGCGAUUUUUAUGAAAAUUUUCAUUUCGCUGUCGCAAAUAUUUUUUUCUUCGCGUUUCAUUUGCUUUAACGAUUUUGUUGCCUAGUCUAUAUGGACAUUAAAAGGGCGCAUUGAUUGUCGGACGGAAGGUAUCAAGGUUAUUAUUAUGGCAUUCGCAUACGUUUUAUAAUUAAACAUAGAGAAAUGCGAAAGUAUGACGAAAAGAUAAAUGAAAAACCACUUUGAAAAUUCCGUGGCCCUUUCAACUCGACGAUUGCUCUUUUAUUACUCAAUUAGCGGUGAAUGACGUCUAUUAUUAGUUAAGUGUAUGAAAUGAAAUGUGCAAUUAUUUAAAUACUCCAGAAUAUAAUAGUUAUGUGCGUUGGCAAUUAUCAAACUCAUUAAAGUAAAAUAUAAUUGUUGCUUAGCCAUUAAAAAAAUAUUCAAAAAAUAAAAAAUUAAAACUAAAUUGUGACAUAAUUAAUUACACGCCAAAAGUUAAGUCAACUCAACUAAUUUACAACAACAAGCCAAUACACGAAAUAUUUACAACAAUUCGCAAUUAAAGUGAAGUACAACAAUAACAACAAGUAAACAUACACCGCUUCCCUAGACGUCCACGAAGUACCCAACAACACACAAACCUACCGAGAAUGCAAACAACAAAUCAAAACACUUAUGAUACCGCCGAAACUAGUAUAACAACAACAAAAACAGAAAGUGAAAUUGACACAACAGCAACAGCAACAACAAUCAACACUAGCAACACAAAAAACGAAGCUUUUGCUAAAUACAAUGUUGUUGUAGACAAUCUUUAUGUACAACAAAACAAUCUUAACGAAUUAGCUGUAAACACUAAUACAACAACAACAAAUACACUGAACGAAGUAACGCUAAUGAGCUACAACGGAGCGGUGGCCACACCAAUGGACCAGCAACCGCAAUUAGAUGAGGACAAUGAGAACUGUGUGAUUGAUAUAGCCACAAUGCAAAUCGCUGACGACAGCAGCAGCAACAGCAAAAAUACUGCCACUAUGUCAGCUUUAAAAUGUGACAGCAACAAUAAAUGCAGCUACACAGAUGAGCAGAGUCAGAGUGAAGGUGAGCGGAGAGUGGGAGAUGUGAUAAGUGAAAUGGAUACAGCAACAAAUGCGGAAAUGGAAAGCGAAGGUGAUAGUGAAGGAGAGUGCAAAGUGGGAAGUGUGGAAAUCGAGGCUGAGCAGCACAGCGAUAAUGAAGAGGAGCUGGCCAAGCAAUAUUUAAAUGAAAUUGAAAUUAGCAAAGUUGAUGAAGAGCAACUUGUCACCGAGCUGGUGGAUGCCAGCGGACAAGGAUGUUGUACGGAAGCUAAGCAAAGCAACAGUAUGCGUGUCGCAUUCGGUAUAAUCUUAAGACUAAUGUUGCCACUUGCUAACAGCGUUAUGCGCAGCUUCAAGGGUAUACGCGAUGUGCGCUUUCAACGUGUACUGAGAUCGAUUACUUCCAGCCGUCAGGUGCUCACCAAUUUAAUGGCAUUCGCCGCUAAUUCCAUAUCGUUGAAUUUGUCGUCGGUGCACGAUUUUAGCUACUCUAAAUCCAUUCAAAAAUUAAAAAAUUUAUCGCAGCGCAUAGAACCGAUUUUGAAGCUUCUUAAAAUAAGACCAGCACGCGAUGGUAUUGAAAGUCUUCCCGAUAUACCUUCCAUCGAUAUUGCACCAUAUUUUCCAACUGCUGCACCACCGCCCACACCAACUGCAACACCCGGCACACCGACAAUGCCUGUACUCUCGCCAUUUUUGAAUGAACCUUCCAUAGUUAUGGCCAGUUUUUCGACGGCCAAGCGGAAAAGCGCGGUGCCACACACGCCAGCACCAAAAUGCUGCACAAUAAAAAUAUUGGCGGAACCGCCACCUGAUCAGCCUAUACGCGCCGACAUUGUCUUCAUACACGGGCUGCAUGGUUCACUAGUGAACACAUGGAAGCAGGGACUGUGGGAGAACGAACGUCAACCUGAGGACUUCCAGCGGCCACCAAAGCCACCGGUGCGACCACCGAAACGGCCCAAACAUUCGCGCACUGCCCCCCUACAUCCGCCACAUAAACAGAAGCGUGCGCGAUUUGCGCAAAGCGACGCGAAUCAUCGCGCCACACUGGAGCCAAUGGAUGCGGAUGAAAUGCGCGAUUUGGAUAAUGGCUUUUUCGAUGCCAGCGAGCACGAACUGAAGGAAGGCGUCUCAUAUGAGUGCGGCGCGCCAGAAGAUAUACAAAACUGUGAUGGCAUCGAGUACAGCUUUCCCACAUUCCGACUGCGUCUGAACGAUAGCGGUCGGCUGCUGCAGGGUGAAUUCGAUAAGCGAAACGACAACUCCACGAAUGAUGGCGCCGGUGAACCACACAUCAGUCAUACACAGCCUACCAGCAAUAGCGCCAAGGCGAAAGGCAAAGCCAAAGCCAAACCUUCGCCCAAUGAUCCAAAUUACUCAAAGUGCUGGCCCGGUGAUUGGCUGCCAUUAGACUGCCCCGGUGUACGCGUUAUCGCCGUCAACUAUACCACCGAUCAAUAUUUGUGGCGUCCGUUGUGGAAGAAGAAGGAGCCCCGUUCGAACCUCAUCGAGCGUGCACGCGAAAUGACCGAGUUGCUGAUAAAACAUCGUAUCGGUUGUGGACAACCAAUUGUGUGGGUGGGUCACUCCAAGGGUGGGCUGUUCAUCAAGCAAAUCAUAGUCGAUGCUUGGGAGAGUGGUCGUCCUGCCGUGGCGCCGCUCUGGCGUUCUUCACGCGGUGUUUUCUUUUACUCGGUACCGCAUCGUGGCUCACAUUUGGCAUGCAUUAAAGCGCCGCUGCUGGCGCGUUCUGUCGAAAUGUUGGACAUUGAGAAGAAUAAUAAAUAUUUAUUGGAUCUGCAUCGACGUUUCGCCGGCCUUUAUCACUUGGGCCACAUUAAAAUUGAGGUAUUCAGCUUUGUGGAGACCGCGUUGACUCUGAUGUCGGUACUUUAUCUGCGUAUUGUUGGAGUGGAUUCGGCAGACCCCGGUUUUGGCGACGUAUGCGGCAUACGUUUGGAUCAUCGCGAGAUUUGUAAGCCACGCGGCAGAGACUGCAUUCUAUACAAAGAAUUAGUUAAAAUGAUUAAAAAAGUAUAUUAAAAUUGGGAGAAAAGAAUUUAGAAUUAGUAACCGAGUAACUAAAUAGAAACUGUUAGUACCUUAUUGUUUUAAAGUAUAAUCGUGUGGAUAAUGCCCGAAAAUUGUCAAAGUAAAUACACAUUUUACUAUAGAAAGAAAAAAUAAUUAUAAAAAAAUACAUAACUGUAAAAAUAAAAAUCAUAAUAAAUAUUCUAAUGUAUAAAUUAUAUUUGAGAGCUUAAUGUUCCAGUAUAACUCAUAUAUUUAUGUGCUAAAUGAAUGAAAAACCGUUAAAUUCCACAAUUACACAUACAAAUGUACUAGUGUAUGCUAUUUACACACAACAGCACAUUAACUUACCGUUAAGCUAUGUAUUAAACGGAUAUUAUCAUCAUUAGCUACUCAACGAUUGCCAUUGUUUAACUAUAGAUAUUUAUAUAAACUAUAUUAUAUAUUUAUAUACAUAUAAAUAUAUAUUUAAUAUACAGACAAUAUAUAUAUAUAUAUGUAUUUGCGAUUAUUACACAUUUUUUGAUAAUUCUAUUUUUUAUUAAACGUUAAUUUUUGUUCUUGUAAAAUACUGUCUAUGUACAAUAAAUAUAUAUGUAUAUCUUCUGUAAAUAAGUUUAAUACAUAUAGAGUAUAUAUAUACAACAUACGUAAGAAUUUACAAUAAGUUUUUAGUUUUGACGUAAGAAGUUUUUUAUGAAAAUGCGUGACCAUCAGGGAUAAGAACCGUUAAAUAGUGAUUGGAUUUUGUGAUCAGCUCAAUAAGAUGUGAUUUUUUAGCAAAGUGAGAAGCAUAGCACGAUAUAUAUACAAGAAUGAUAUUUUCUCCAGAUAUUGUACAUAUAAAUACAAAAUAUUUAUGUAUUUAAGCAAUUUAGUUAAGUACUUACUGCAAUUAUAAUUUCUUUUUUACACACUACUAAAUGCAACUGUAUCUGAAAGCAUUGCUGUAAAUUAUAUGAAUACAAACAAAUAUAUAUACAUGUAUACAUAGAUAAAAUAGAUUUUCAAUAAAAAUGUUUGAAGUUAUUAUUGUCAAUAUUAUAAGUAAUACUUUGCCACCAAUUCUUUAAUAACGCUUAUAUAACUGUACAUGC